GGGCGGGCGUCUGAGGGCGCCGCAGGGUCCUCUGGCUCCCCGGCAGCCCCCGCGCGCGGUGCAAGCUGGGGGAACAUGGCCGCUUCCGGUCUCCCUCCUGGGCCGGCGGGGGCCUGAUCGCGGCCCCUGCCAGUCGCACUCCGCCCUCCGUUUCUCCAGCCCGGCAGCCGCGGAGGUCGCUGCAGGCUUUCUCUCCCGCUGCCUCCGCCGCGCCAUGGAGAAGAGCUCGAGUUGUGAGAGUCUUGGCUCCCAGCCGGCAGUAGCACGGCCACCCAGCGUGGAUUCCCUGUCCAGGCUAUAAGCUACUUGAGGACAAGGAUCGUAUUCAUCUUCAUAUCACCAGCAUUAAACAGAGACCCUGCCUGUCAGAGUUAAUGUGUUAAGAGCCAUUGACAUUUGAAGAUCAUCAGAAGUGAAGAUAAAACAUCUCAAAAAUUAUAAUUGCACUCAUCCAACACAGUGUAAGCAGUAAAUGAAAAUUGCCUGAAUGAAUGGAUGAACAAAUGCAUGACCAGUGCUUCCACUUCUCAUUCAGAGAAUUCAGUGCAUACAAAAUCAGCUUCUGUUGUAUCAUCGGAUUCCAUAUCAACUUCUGCAGAGAACUUUUCUCCUGAUUUGAGGGUCCUGAGGGAGUCUAACAAACUAGCAGAAAUGGAAGAACCACCCUUACUUCCAGGAGAAAAUAUUAAAGACAUGGCCAAAGAUGUAACUUAUAUAUGUCCAUUCACUGGUGCUGUACGAGGAACUCUGACUGUUACGAAUUACAGGUUAUAUUUCAAAAGCAUGGAACGGGAUCCCCCAUUUGUUUUAGAUGCUUCUCUUGGUGUUAUAAGUAGAGUAGAAAAAAUUGGUGGUGCUUCUAGUCGAGGUGAAAACUCUUACGGACUUGAAACUGUGUGCAAGGAUAUUCGGAACUUACGGUUUGCUCAUAAACCUGAGGGGCGAACAAGAAGAUCUAUAUUUGAGAAUCUAAUGAAAUAUGCAUUUCCUGUCUCUAAUAACCUGCCUCUUUUUGCUUUUGAGUACAAAGAAGUAUUCCCUGAAAACGGGUGGAAGCUAUAUGACUCUCUUUUAGAGUAUAGAAGGCAGGGAAUUCCAAAUGAAAGCUGGAGAAUAACAAAGAUAAAUGAACGGUAUGAGCUUUGUGAUACAUACCCUGCCCUCUUGGUUGUGCCGGCAAAUAUUCCUGAUGAAGAAUUAAAGAGAGUGGCAUCCUUCAGAUCACGGGGCCGUAUCCCAGUUUUAUCAUGGAUUCAUCCUGAAAGUCAAGCCACAAUCACUCGGUGUAGCCAGCCCAUGGUAGGGGUAAGUGGGAAGCGAAGCAAAGAAGAUGAGAAAUACCUUCAAGCCAUUAUGGACUCCAAUGCCCAAUCUCAUAAAAUGUUUAUAUUUGAUGCCCGGCCAAGUGUUAAUGCUGUUGCCAAUAAGGCAAAAGGUGGAGGUUAUGAAAGUGAAGAUGCUUAUCAAAAUGCAGAACUAGUUUUUCUAGAUAUCCACAAUAUCCAUGUUAUGAGAGAAUCUUUACGAAAACUUAAGGAGAUUGUGUACCCCAACAUUGAGGAGACCCACUGGUUGUCUAACUUGGAAUCUACUCACUGGCUAGAGCAUAUUAAGCUUAUUCUCGCAGGGGCUCUUAGGAUUGCUGACAAAGUAGAGUCAGGAAAGACGUCUGUGGUAGUCCACUGCAGUGAUGGCUGGGAUCGCACAGCUCAGCUGACCUCCCUGGCCAUGCUCAUGUUGGAUGGAUACUACCGAACCAUCCGAGGAUUUGAAGUCCUUGUGGAGAAAGAGUGGCUAAGCUUUGGCCAUCGAUUUCAGCUUAGACUUGGCCAUGGAGAUAAGAACCAUGCAGAUGCAGACAGAUCACCUGUUUUUCUUCAGUUUAUUGACUGUGUCUGGCAAAUGACAAGACAGUUUCCUACAGCAUUUGAAUUCAAUGAAUAUUUUCUCAUUACCAUUUUGGACCACCUAUAUAGCUGUUUGUUUGGAACAUUCCUCUGUAACAGUGAACAGCAGAGAGGAAAAGAGAAUCUUCCCAAAAGGACUGUGUCAUUGUGGUCUUACAUAAAUAGUCAGCUGGAGGACUUCACUAAUCCUCUCUAUGGGAGCUAUUCCAAUCAUGUCCUUUAUCCAGUAGCCAGCAUGCGCCACCUAGAGCUCUGGGUGGGAUACUACGUAAGGUGGAAUCCACGGAUGAAGCCACAGGAGCCCAUUCACAACAGAUAUAAAGAACUUCUUGCUAAAAGAGCAGAGCUUCAGAAGAAAGUAGAGGAACUACAGAGAGAAAUUUCCAACCGAUCAACCUCAUCCUCAGAGAGAGCCGGUUCUCCUGCACAGUGUGUCACUCCUGUACAGACUGUUGUGUGAGAGGACUACUGGAUGGGGCCAUCGGUCAUCGCCAUGAACUCUGAUUACAAUGGCAGCUUCAUGAAGAGAAAGUUUCUGAAUAUAGAACCCAUCUGUGAGAGAACUUAAGUCACUUUAUUUAUUUUAAAUCUCUCUAGGAUGUGUUUAGAACUGUAGCAGUGCAGGGGUUUAAGUGAAAUAACCCCACAUGUAAUUACAUGAUUAUGACACUAAUCUUACAAGUCACCCAAAGAAUAUUAAAAUGCUUCAGUCCUGGAUCCACAGUGGGAACAAUUUUCUGAUUUUAAAAGGAAAAUGCUGUCUCAGAAAUUUUGGUGUAUGGUAAAAUCAAAACACAAACUACUUCAGAAAUAUACUUCUUGAUGGAAGAGCACUCAUUGCACAGAAGGAGGAGCAACAGUUUUCAAACCAAACCAAUACUGGCAUUUCAUGGCAUUGUACAUACUGGGCCUCAGUGUCAUAAUCAAGAUCAUUUGAUGCUCCUUUCCCCAUCAUGGGUUUUUCCUUUUUGUAGUUAAGUGAUUUACUUUCACCAUUCAAAACUCGUGUUCUUCAUAUAAUAUGGCAAAGUCUUGAGGAUAUUAUGGUGGAGUAAUAGUUGAAAAUUGUUGCUGUCAUUAUUUAUGUACUUAAUUUAAGAUGUAUUAGAUAGCUGUUCCAAAAUGAUGCCUUACAGAUGUGCUUGGGAGGAGGAUGGAGAGGAGAAAGUGGUAGCCAUCCAGGAUUUCAAAGAAUUCCACAUCCUUCAGAUUAGUUUCCAUUUGCACAAUUACUAGAAACAUCAUGAAACAUAUUUAAAAAAUUCAUUAUCUGCCCUACUUUAUUUUAGUUACAUUUUUUUUGAACACAUAGAAGUUAACUGGCAAAUUUUGAGGCAGUAUUUAAAAGUUUAGUAGGAUUGACUUUUUUCUGAAGUCUGUAUAAAUAGCAUAUGGUGAGAAGUACUGUGCUCAAAUUUUACAUUAAAUAUUUUACUAUUACUUUCCUUUGCAAAUUCUGUAAUUCCACUGAAUGAUUAAGUCUACCAAAGAAUUUAUUGCAUGUAAAAAUGUAUUACAGUCUCAAUGCCAGUAAAGGAAAUCCUGCUUCACUUUUUGGCUGCUACAGUAAGAAUUCAGCGCGGGUAUAAACACUUGACUCCCUGGUGUCUGUUUUACUCUGUAUAAGAGCCAUAUGUUAUGUACUGUAACACAAAGGAGCUUCUUGUCCCUUGGGUCUUUAAUUAAAGGAAAAUUUCAACUGAC